UUGACACAUUUGAUUGUUUGACAGCUUCAGAACUUUCCGGCAUCUUUCUAAACCGUGUAAAAAAAUUAAAUUUUGUUUGCGAUCUGUUUACAUUUUACCAUCCAAUCAUGUCGAAAGAAGACGACGAAAACUACGAACAAAUCGACGUCAACGAAAAUUCGAAUGGAUCAUCGCUGGAAACGGGUUCGUCCAACGAAAAGGAAACGGAUUUCGAAAGCAAAAUCGAAACGGACCGUAGCAAACGGUUCGACUACUUGCUGAAACAGACUGAAAUUUUCACACAUUUCAUGACCAACUCGUCACCGAAGGGCACGCAUAAGGGCAGAGCUGGACGACCGAAGAAAGCUAAUAAAGACAUAACGACAUCGACAGAUGUGGCUGACCACCGUCACCGCAAAACCGAACAGGAAGAAGAUGAAGAACUCUUGGCUGAAGAGAAUUCCGGCGUGGCAAAAUCAUUGUUCCGCUUCGAGGAAUCACCAAACUAUAUCAAAGGCGGUGAAAUGAGAGACUACCAAAUACGUGGCUUAAACUGGAUGAUUUCGCUGUACGAAAACGGAAUCAACGGAAUAUUGGCUGACGAAAUGGGUCUGGGGAAGACGCUGCAGACCAUUUCGCUGCUGGGCUACCUGAAGAAUUUCAAAAACAAUGCCGGACCGCACAUAGUCAUCGUACCGAAGUCAACGCUCCAGAAUUGGUUAAACGAAUUCGAGAAAUGGUGUCCGUCAAUAAAGGCAGUGUGCCUGAUUGGGGACCAGGAAACGCGUAAUCAAUUCAUCCGGGAAGUGCUGAUGCCAGGCGAUUGGGACGUAUGCAUCACAUCGUACGAAAUGUGCAUUCGAGAGAAGGCCGUUUUCAAGAAGUUCAACUGGCGCUACAUGGUCAUCGACGAGGCGCAUCGCAUCAAAAAUGAAAAGUCAAAAUUGUCGGAAAUCUUACGUGAAUUCAAAACGGCGAAUCGGCUACUGCUCACCGGCACACCGUUGCAAAAUAAUCUGCACGAGUUGUGGUCACUGUUGAACUUCCUGCUGCCGGAUGUGUUCAAUAGUUCCGACGAUUUCGAUUCUUGGUUCAAUACGAACCAGUGCCUGGGCGAUGACAGUUUGAUCGUACGAUUGCAUGCCGUGUUGAAGCCGUUCUUGUUGCGACGAUUGAAAUCUGAGGUGGAGAAACGGCUGAAACCGAAAAAGGAGGUGAAAAUUUUCGUCGGCCUAUCGAAAAUGCAACGCGAGUGGUACACGAAAAUCCUGAUGAAGGACAUUGACAUUGUGAACGGUGCCGGCAAGAUGGAAAAAAUGCGACUGCAAAACAUCCUGGUGCAGCUGAGGAAAUGCACCAAUCAUCCGUAUCUGUUCGAUGGUGCAGAACCAGGACCGCCAUACACCACCGACACACAUUUAGUUAACAAUUGCGGCAAAUUGGUCAUUUUGGACAAACUGCUGCCGAAGCUGCAAGAGCAAGGUUCCCGUGUGUUGAUAUUCAGUCAAAUGACCCGCAUGCUGGACAUCUUGGAAGAUUACUGUCUGUGGCGUCAAUAUCACUACUGUCGUCUGGAUGGUAAAACGCCGCACGAGGACCGGAACCGUCAGAUCGCCGAAUACAAUGCCGAAAAUAGCUCAAAGUUUGUUUUCAUGUUAUCCACUCGGGCCGGUGGUUUGGGAAUCAAUUUGUACACGGCCGACGUGGUUAUCAUCUACGAUUCCGAUUGGAAUCCACAAAUGGAUUUGCAGGCAAUGGAUCGUGCCCAUCGAAUCGGUCAGAAGAAGCAGGUGCGAGUGUUUCGAUUUAUCACGGAAAAUACUGUCGAAGAGAAGAUUGUCGAACGGGCGGAAGUGAAAUUGCGACUGGACAAAUUGGUCAUACAGCAGGGCAAAUUGGUCGACAACAAAACGGCCCAACUGAACAAAGAUGAAAUUUUGAAUAUGAUCCGUUUCGGGGCCAAUCAUGUCUUUGCAUCGAAGGACUCGGAUAUAACCGAAGCGGACAUUGACACCAUCCUGCAAAGAGGCGAAGAAAAGACAUUGGAGCAACAGCAAAAACUGGAGGAACUCGGUGAAAGUUCGUUGCGAAACUUUACCGUCGACGCUCCGCAAAAGCCAUCCGUGUACCAGUUUGAGGGUGAAGAUUAUCGCGAGAAGCAAAAGGUCAACCUGGGCAACUGGAUCGAACCGCCGAAACGGGAACGGAAAGCCAACUAUGCUGUCGACGCAUAUUUCCGCGAAGCGUUGCGAGUCUCCGAACCGAAGGCACCAAAGGCACCGAGACCACCGAAACAGUCGAUUGUGCAAGACUUUCAAUUUUUCCCGCCCAGACUGUUUGAGUUGCUCGACCAGGAGAUUUACUACUAUCGCAAAACGUUGAACUACAAAGUGCCAAAGAAUCCGGAAUUGGGCAGUGAGGCGACAAAAAUUCAGCGAGAAGAGCAGAGGAAAAUUGAUGAUGCUGAACCGUUGUCUCAUGACGAGAUCAUUGAGAAGGAAUCGUUGUUGGUGCAAGGAUUUAACAAUUGGACGAAACGAGACUUCAAUCAGUUCAUAAAGGCCAACGAGAAGUUCGGCCGUGACGAUAUCGAACACAUUGCAAAAGAGGUGGAAGGAAAGUCACCCGAAGAGGUGAUGGAAUACAGUGCAGUAUUUUGGGAACGGUGCCAUGAAUUGCAAGAUGUUGAACGAAUUAUGGCGCAAAUUGAACGAGGCGAGGCAAAAAUUCAACGACGUUCGUCCAUCAAAAGGGCUUUGGAUGGAAAGAUGUCCAGAUACCGUGCACCAUUCCAUCAGCUGCGAAUAACAUACGGCAACAACAAGGGCAAAAACUACACCGAAGAAGAAGAUCGUUUCCUCGUCUGUGUCUUGCACAAACUCGGCUUCGACAAAGAAAACGUCUACGAAGAACUCCGAUCGGCCGUUCGAUAUGCACCGCAAUUCCGUUUCGAUUGGUUCCUGAAAUCGCGCACUGCAUUAGAACUGCAACGGCGCUGCAACACACUGAUCACAUUAAUUGAGCGCGAGAACCAGGAAAUGGAGGAGAAGGAUCGAUUGGAUAAGAAGAAGAAAACACCGAAGGCCAGUUCAGUUGGUGUGCUCACCAAUUCUACGCAGCAAAAGUCGAAUCAGAAGCGAAAAUCGGAUGCCGUAGCCGUGGACAGUAAGGCCAAGAAGAGAAAAAAGAAUUUUUAAAGUUUUUGAUCGAUUGCGCGCGUGGUGAAUAUAAAUAAUUGGUUUAGUGAUUGCCACUCGUAGAAUGAGAGUUGAAGCACAACCAGCUCCUGUCUCACCUUGUUUUAAAUGUGUGAUUUCCAUUCUACAGAACGUGGAAAGGAAAUUUGAAUUCGGUUUUUUUUCCGAAGAUUUCCCGUUGGAGUUGCGUUUCCAUCGAAAUUUUUUUUUAUUUAUUUUAUUCAAUUGGAAGAUCGGCUGAUCGAUUCUUUUUUUUUACUCAAAAGAACAUGUUCCGACUGUCAUGAAAUAUACAAAGGUGAAGUAAGUUUUUAGAAAUAAAAAAGAAAAUUUUUGACUU